GGCUGUCUGUUUGCUUUUGAUUUUUCGCACUUAUCUGCAAUAUCUUUGUAAUAGCACACAUUAGAUCCUAUCUAAUAUCAAUACAAUAUAAUGCGUGUCAGAAAAUGUUCCUGGGGCCCAUGCUGAGUGGGAGCCAUUUGUCUAGCUCCAGCCCUCGAAUGGAGUGGUCUGCACAGAGUCCAAAUGGGAAUACCCUGCACCAGGCCAUUGGAUAUGUUCUGGUUAUGGCGCAAUUCUUUGGCGUGCUGCCCCUCGCCGGAGUGAAACCCACUUCUCCGGCUGCACGUGUUCGCUUUCGAUGGCUCGCUCCGUUGAAUCUGCUACCCCUGGCCGUGCUUUGCUUUGUUUUCCUGGAUUUCGUGCUGUCGGCCAAGCUUGUGCUCCACAAUGGGCUGAAGCUUUACACCAUAGGAUCACUUAGUUUUAGUGUAAUUUGUAUUUUCUGCUUUGGAUCCUUUCUGCUGCUUGCACCACGCUGGCCCCACAUCAUUCGUAGGACAUCGGAGUGCGAGCAGAUCUUUCAGCAGUCCUACUACGAUUGCCCCAUUGGCCGGUGUUUUAGCCAACGCCUGCGCCUCUGGGCCAUCGUUCUACUGGUGACUGCCCUGUGCGAGCAUCUCACCUACGUGGGUAGCGCUGUGUGGAGCAACUGCAAGCAGAUACGGCAAUGCCAUCUAGACAUUGACUUCUGGCAUAACUACUUCCUGCGCGAGCGCCAGGAACUGUUCUCCACAUUGCCCUAUAGCACGUGGUUCGCGCUGUAUGUGGAGUGGUGCACCCUCUCCAUGACUUUUGUGUGGAAUUUUGUGGACAUAUUUCUGAUACUGAUCUGUCGGGGCAUGCAGAUGCGUUUCCAGCAGCUGCACUGGCGCAUCCGCCAGCACAUUGGGCAGCGUAUGAGCGAUGAGUUCUGGCAAGAGGUGCGCUACGAUCUCUUAGAUUUGAACGAUCUGCUCAAGCUGUAUGACAAGGAACUGUCUGGCUUGGUGCUCGUCUCCUGCGCCCACAAUAUGUACUUUAUUUGUGUUCAAAUCUAUCACAGUUUUCAAGUCAAAGGAGCUGUCUUGGAUGAGGUGUACUUUUGGUUCUGUCUGCUUUACGUUGUCAGUCGCAUCGUGAACAUGAUGCUGGCCGCCUCUUCCAUCCCCGAAGAGGCCAAGCAGAUUUUCUACACGCUCGAUGAGGUGCCCACUAACUGCUGGAGCAUAGAACUGGAGCGCCUGAGCGAAAUCCUUCGCAACGAAACCUUUGCACUCAGUGGAAAGGGCUACUUUGUGCUCACUCGAAGGCUGAUCUUUACGAUGUCCGCUACUAUGAUGGUCUAUGAGCUGGUUCUGAUCAACCAAAUGGAGGGCGCAGUGGUGCAAAAGAGCAUUUGCAGUCGCGGUGCUGGCUCCUCCAUGAGCAUUUUCUUCUCGUAA